AUGUCUGGGGAGGACCUUGGAUUUGUGGUGGUGAUUUCAAUCAUAUAUGCCCCAUUCAUGCUUUCCACAAUUCAGAGACAACCUUCCAGCGCCAAUCUUCCUCACCAUCCACUAUUUACAUGCUACGUACCAUUCCCCACCAUGAACCAAGAGCGGCCUGCUUAUCUUACUCCACCGCUUGCUCAAUUCUCGAGGGAUCUCAUUGCGCUACCUCGCUUUGAUGAAUCCCACGUGCCUCUUACUCCAACUCGUCCAGCUACCCCUCUACAAGUCAAACCGGAAUUGGCGCCAUCCAAUUCUAUCCUUGCGACGGUAACGGCGAUAAACCAACAGUUUGGUUUUCUUGCGGGAGGAUGGAGGAACCAGAUGGGGAGUAGUAGGGAUUUUGCGGCCGCUCCAUUCCACAUAGCUAAGUAG